UUUAGUGUGAUAUACCAAAACCAGAGAGGCAAAAUGAAAGCAAAACCACAUAGCUGGGUUUUUUAUUGUGUUUUUGAGGCUGUGGCUCAGUGGUUGGUGUCCCAUUUUUGCUGCAUUGUCGGGAACUGAGUCAUGGGUGAGUCAAGUGACUCUGUUUCUAUUGAUAUUGAGAUGAUUCCACUAGGAGGAAAGGAAUGUGUGGUGAAGACAAGCAAAGGUUCAAUAUCUGUUUUUGUUUGUGGGGAUCAGGAAAAGCCUGCUUUGAUAACAUACCCAGAUGUUGCUCUCAAUUACAUGUCUUGUUUUCAAGGGCUCUUCUUUUGCCCAGAUGCAGCUUCUUUGCUGCUUCAUAACUUCUGCAUUUACCACAUUGAUGCUCCUGGACAUGAGUUGGGAGCUGACGUGAUUUCCUCAGAUGUACCCUUGCUCAGUGUUGAUGACCUUGCUGACCAGGUCGCAGAAGUGCUUGAUUUCUUUGGAUUGAAAGAGGUUUUAUGCUUGGGUGUUACAGCUGGUGCUUACAUCCUUACACUUUUUGCAAUGAAAUAUAAAGAGCGUGUACUUGGGUUAAUUCUCGUUUCCCCUGUUUGCAAAGCACCUUCAUGGACUGAAUGGCUUUACAAUAAGGUAUUAUUAAACCUGUUGUACUUUUAUGGCAUGUGUGGUGUACUGAAGGAAUGUCUUCUCCAGCGAUACUUCAGUAAGGAACUCAGGUGUGGUCUGCAUGGGGCAGAAUCAGAUAUAAUACAAUCUUGCCGAAGGCUACUGGAUGAGAGGCAGAGUUUGAAUGUCAUGCGUUUUCUUCAAGCAAUUAAUGAGAGGCAAGACCUCACUGAGAGCUUGAAGAGGCUGCAGUGCAAGACGCUUAUAUUUGUUGGUGAAAGUAGUCCAUUCCAUGCUGAAUCUGUGCACAUGAGUGCCAAAAUGGACAGAAAAAGCAGUGUUCUCGUUGAGAUUCAGGCUUGUGGCUCACUAGUGACAGAAGAACACCCAUAUGCCAUGCUAAUUCCCAUUGAGCUGUUCUUAAUGGGUUUCGGGUACUACAGGCAACUGCCUUUUGCAUCAUCCUCAAGUAAUGGAUCGAACCCCGCCAGUCCCUUGAGCCAUUCCUGCAUAGCACCAGAGCUCCUCUCCCCUGAGAGCCUAGGCAUCAAGCUCAAACCCAUCAAAACCAGGGCAACAAUUGAAAUUUGAUGCAGAGAUAUAGGAAUCAGUGUUAGAGCAUGACUUCAUUUAAUCAAACACACCACCACUGAUGUGGGAAUCCACCAGCUUUGCACAUAAGAAAUGUAUCCAUGUUGAAAGUGUAUAAUGUGUUUAGUGUAGCAUAUUCUUUUAUUAUGUCGUUGUGUGUUGAUGGGGAAGAGUUGAGUGAAUGAAUUCUUUUUUUCCUUUUUUUGGGGGGCACAUAGAAAUAGAGAGGUUUAGAUGGAUAGGCAGAGGGUGGGGGUGUUGCUUCAUUUGUAACAAUUAUAAAUUUUGUACACAUUACUCACUACUUUGUAAUCUUAGAUUUUCUGUAAUCAUACUCCAAAACCCCAGUCUUUUCA